AUGGGCAAGCCACGAUUAAUCAUCCUGAUCCGGCAUGGACAGUCAGAAGGGAACAAGAAUCGGGAGAUCCAUCAGACAGUCCCUGAUCAUCGCAUCAAACUUACUCCCGAAGGCCAUCGUCAGGCACUCGAAGCCGGCCGUAGGCUGCGUGAGAUGCUACGGCCCGAUGACAAGAUACACUUCUUCACAUCUCCAUACCAGCGGACGAGAGAGACGACAGAGGGAAUCCUCAAAUCUCUCACCUCCGAUGACCCUUCGCCGUCACCGUUCCCCCGCCAGGGCAUCCAAGUAUACGAAGAACCACGGCUGAGAGAGCAGGACUUUGGUAAUUUCCAACCAUGCUCUGAUGAGAUGGAGCGCAUGUGGCAGGAGCGUGCAGACUAUGGGCAUUUCUUCUACCGUAUUCCCAACGGGGAGUCCGCGGCGGAUGCAUACGAUCGAGUGAGCGGCUUCAACGAGUCUCUAUGGCGGUUAUUUGGAGAUGACGACUUUGCCAGCGUCUGCGUGCUGGUCACCCAUGGCCUCAUGACUCGCAUUUUCUUAAUGAAGUGGUAUCAUUUCAGUGUUGAAUACUUUGAGGAUCUCCGGAAUAUUAAUCAUUGCGAGUUUGUGGUUAUGCAGAAGAACCCGGACAACGGGAAAUACAUUCUACGGAACAAGCUGCGGACAUGGUCUGAGCUGAAAAAGGAGAGAGAACGGGAGCGUGAAGCUAACAACAUGCCGUUAAUUUCUCCCAUAAGCCCGAGGAGAGUAUGGGGUGGAUGUCCAGAUGGGUGUGAUCAUGCUCGUCACAAGCACCGAGUGACAAAGAGGCUACUGCACCAGAGUACCUCAACGACCGGACUGGUGACCGGAGGUGAGAAGAACGGCAGCAUGGAGAAAGAAAUGGAACUAGACGACCGAUACCAGAAUGAUGACGGGGAUGAACAAGAGGACCAAGAUGAAGGGGACUCCGCGCUGGCGGAGCUGUGUGACCAGCCGGUUUUACAGAUCAAGUCCACUGUCUUAAUGAGCCAAGGAGCCAGGGCCGACAAGCCCCCUCGCACCGUAGAGGUACCAGAUCUAGGCGGUCGAGAUGCUGGAGGCUCAAAUAGUGGUGUAUCAACAGGCCACUCGUCACCCUUGCCAGAGAAGCAGGCCGGCUCUUCAGCCCCGACUAACAAUGGCGGUGGAAUCGCUCGCCAGGGUUCCGGCCUGAAGUAUACACAUCAGCGUGAUUUUGAUAGAGAUGACGACUAUCCCAAUGAAGACGAUGAGGAUUCAGAAGAUGAGCGUGCUAGGCUCGAAGAACAGAACGUCCAGGGAAGUGUAUACUAA